AUGGGUAUCCUCUCUGACCAGGUUGCGCAUGUUUCUCGUUCUCUAGCGGAGAGGGCUGUUGCAGAACAGGGCGGUGUCAUCUCAGGCUUCAACCCGACGACCUACAAUCCUAAUGACCCCAUACAGCUCUGGGUUAUCCAAGUCGUCAUUAUAAUUGCCAUGACGCAAUUCCUCUCGCUUAUUCUGCGCCAUUUCCGGCAGCCGCGAGUCAUCUCCGAAGUUAUUGGAGGCGUCCUACUUGGCCCUUCUGUCAUGGGUCAUAUACCGCACUUUUCCGACAGAAUAUUUCCUCAGAACGGCAUGCCUUUGCUUACUCUUACCGCGACCAUCGGCCUCGUCUUCUUCCUAUUCUUAGUUGGACUGGAAAUUGAUGUGCGCAUAGUCAAACGGAAUGCUCGUGCCGCUAGCCUUAUCUCUGUGGCUGGUUUGGUCAUCCCCUUGGGACUUGGUGCAGCUUUGGGUGUCGGUGUCUACCGCGAAUUCACGGACCCCAAAGUGAAUUUUGGUUACUUCCUUCUUUUCGUCGCUGUCGCAAUAGGCAUUACGGCGUUUCCCGUCCUGUGCCGCAUCCUUACAGAGCUCCAACUUCUCGACACGACCGUUGGCUCUGUAACAUUGGCCGCUGGUGUGGGCAACGAUGUUGUUGGAUGGGUCCUUUUAGCUUUAACUGUGGCCCUCGUCAACGCGAGUGACGGUUUGACAGCGCUUUACGUCCUCCUCGCAAGUGCAGGAUUCGUUGUCUUUCUCCUCUUUCCUGUUCGCUGGGCCUACGUUUGGCUUGCGCGUCGUACAGGGAGUCUUGAGCAAGGCUCACCCACAACUACGAUGAUGACCAUUACCCUCAUCAUGAUUUUAUCGUCGGCUUUCUUUACAGACAUUAUUGGUGUCCAUCCGAUUUUUGGUGGCUUUUUGGCUGGUCUUGUCAUCCCCCAUGAGAAUGGGUAUGCAAUCUCAAUGGUCGAAAAACUCGAAGAUCUUGUUUCCAUCCUAUUUUUGCCCAUCUAUUUCGCACUGUCGGGACUAAAAACAAAUCUCGGUUUGCUCGAUACCGGUAUGACCUGGGCAUAUAUCGUCAUUAUUUGUUUGGUGGCAUUCUCCUCCAAGUUCAUUGCCUGCGGAGCAACAGCUUAUGCCUGUGGUUUCAAUUGGCGUGAAUCCGGAGCGAUUGGCUCGCUGAUGAGUUGUAAAGGUCUCGUGGAACUUAUCGUGCUCAACAUCGGGCUUUCUGCUAACAUCCUUGACUCGCGGACCUUCUCCAUGUUCGUUUUACACGCGAUCAUUCUGACAGUCAUGACAACCCCCCUCACAAUCCUCUUUUACCCUCCCAAAUACCGUCAACAUGAGUCCAAAACGACAAGGGUGGAACCAGAAGGCAACGACAGCCGCCGUGUCGGCGAGCACGAAACCAAGACACGAUUCUCAGUUGUUCUCGACAAAUUCGAGCAACUCUCAGCUGCUAUGACCUUCUCGCAACUUUUGAAAACCGACAGCUCUUUGCCGUCGUAUGUCGCAAGCGUGAGCGAGAAGGAGAUGGAAGCCAAUGCCAAUCUCCCAAGCCUCUCCCCAGUACCUCGCCCACAACACCUUGCCAUUGAUGCACUGCGCUUGAUCGAGCUUUCCAACCGGACUUCUGGCGUUAUGAAAAGCCAGGAGGCAGACGUCUUGUUGCACAACGACCCCAUUGUCGCCGUCUUCCGGACUUUUGGCCACCUCAGUCGCCUCGUUGUUGGUGCGACACUUUCUGUUGUCGAACACGAUGAGUUCCCAGAAGCAAUCGCUCAUCAUGCAAGUGAAACUGGGUCACAAUUGAUCGUUAUUCCCUGGGCUCGAGGUUCGACUUCCGUGGAUGAUAUAGGGACAACCAAUGGCGCUAGGAAUCCGUUUGAUGGCGUCUUCCAUAAAACGACGACACAGGACCAGACAAGUUCCGUUGUUCACUCGGAGUUGAUUCGCAAAAUCUUCGUGCGAGCUCCAACAGAUGUUGCUCUUUUCGUUGAUCGUGGUCUCACCCCCGGAGCAGAAGCUGAGCACAGAUUAUUCUUGGCAUUCAUCGGAGGUCCCGAUGACCGUCUUGCUCUCAGCUUCCUCGUUCAGAUACUUUCAGCCAACCCAAGCAUCAAAGCAACAGUGGUGUGGGUCCGCAAGACAGAGGGAACUCACACUAGUGGCGCUGAUGGUCUUGUCGCAAAUGCUGGUGCUAUCCAAACGAUGGCCGCUGCUGAUACCGUCUACGGUCACCAAACCACGGAAACCCGCAUGGUCAGCGACACCGCCGACAAUCUUCUGUGGGACCGUCUCUCCGCCUCUGCUCCCUCACGUGCAACCUUCCAAAAGAAAGACGCGCCAAAGCCAUUGCACGCCAUAUGCGAACUUGUUGAUGCUGAAUCCGCUGUUGGCCCGCUAAUUGUGUUUGUUGGACGAUCAAGGAGGAUGGCGGUGGAGUCUCAUAAGAAUGAGCUGGCGAGCUUGGUGAGCGGGAAGGGCACGCAAAUAGUCAGUGCAUUGAGCAAGACUGUUGGCGAUGUCGGAGCCGCUUUGGUUGCCAGUGGAACAAGCGCUAGUUUGUUGGUGAUGCAGGCUUCUGUAUAA